AUGCAAGAAAAUGACUUGGGGCUGACGCACACCUCCUCCGCGGCGGCCGGGUACGUCGUCUGCGACCAGCCGCUGGCGGUGGUGAACGAAGAUUACGCGGUGCUGGGCGGCGUGUUGGGCGGUCUCCUUUUGGCGGCGGUGUACGUGCUCACGCUGAAGAUCAUCGACCUCUGCUACCGCCGAGAGCACCGUCGCGGCCUCAUGUACAAUGAGGCGCCCUCGCCCUUUGGGCAACCGAGGCCGAUGACGCAACUGCCGCCCGGACGUUCCGCCUCCGUGGUGCGCCAGGGCUCGAUUGGUUCUGCUGGCGGGGGCGGCGCCUUCUCCCCACGCUCUUCCGCGCAACGGCGAGUCCACUUCGAUGCGGAGUCUGUGGAUCGCGCAGGGAACGCUACCGCCCUGGAUCCCCGGGCGGUUGAGGAGCCGGCCCUCGACGCUGGCGGGAGCGACGGCAGGAAUGAGGCGGAGUGGAGCUACGCCCGUGGAGGGGUGUACGGGGAAUUUCCCUCCCCACCGCCCACGCUGCCGCCCAGACAAUGA